AUGAGUCAAUUCAAAAUUUCAGAGGAGUGGAUGUUACCUCUAAGGAGUUUGAAUGUUGCUUUGGGGAUCCGUCUGGUAGGGCGGUUGAUGGGUGGGACCAUUCGGCAAGUUGCUGAAAUUAUUUUGCCCAGAUCUUCUGGCCGACCUCCCCCGUUGCUGCCUUCUUUGGAUAUAAAUGGAAGGGGCUCAAGUGCUCGGCUUGUUGUUUUCUUUGAUGUGAAGCACCAAAUAUCAGAUAAUAUGCUGAUUCUGUAUAACUUCUUAUUUUUUGCAGCUUCUGAGAUCGCUUCCUCCGAGAAGGUCAGCCGGCCUUCUGGUAAAGCUUCUUCUCGAGCUUCCAAGCCGAGCUCUCACAGCACUAAAUCAGCUCAGCCAUCUAGCCGUGGUGGGUUGAGCUCAAAGUCUACUGAACAAGUGGGACAGGGUGAUGCCCAUUCUACUGAGGAGGUGUCAAGGGGAAAGUUUAAGUCCCCUGCUGAAGACAAGGAGACCUCUGGGACGGGGAUGGAGAUCAUCCUCCUAGGGGGUCAAAGUCCAGAGGUUUCUGGUGAAAGUGCCCCUGCCCCUGUGAGGACUGAACCUGAGGGUUCUGAGGGCAUUCCAGCAAAGAUCGGAGGGAAAGGUGUUGCUGCUGACCCGUCAUUGCCUUCUCCUGGCAAUUCUCUAAAGACGUCGGGUAUUACAUCCGAGUCUCCGGCCAGUGCUGUUGCCGACCUUCUUAGGGAGCAAAUGUUUGGUGGAGCCAUAGAGGCCUCGGAUCCACGCCUUCUUGCUCUGACCGGCCUUUUAGCCAGCUUUACCAAGGAGCAAGUGACGGGCCUCUUUAUGGAGGUGGAUAUCCGUGAUCGCUCCCUCCGGGAGUCCGUAGAUCGCCGAAUUGAAGAGGCACGUCUAGAGGAGAAUAUAUCUGCCACCAGUGAUGCGAGGGGCAAUUUGGUAGCUGCUCGGGAGCAGAUCCAGUCCCUCCAGGUGGAAUUGCAUUCUGCGUUGGAGGCCCUCAAAAAGGCUGAAGAGAAAACAGCCGAGACGGCAAAGCAUACCUCGUCCUUAGAAGAUGAGUUGUCUCGGACUCGCAAUGUUCUCCAGGAGGCUGAUGAGAGGGCAGCUACCUUGGAGGUUCGCUGUAGAGGAGUGCUAGAGCAGCUGUCCUCUAUGACAGAGGCUCUCAAGGAGAGAGAUGAGGCCGUUAGCCAGAAAGCUGAAGUCCAGCGCCAAUUUGAUGCCUUAAAGGCUGAUCUCGAAGGACUUCAGACUCAUCUGGAGGAAGUAAAGGCUCAGAGAGAGAUGGCCUUAGCUCGGGUGCAGGUCCUUGAGCAGGAGUUGAGCACAAGCUCUGACCGUAUCAGAGACUUGACUUCCUCAGCUGAAGAGUUCGACCUUCGCCAACAACAGCUGAAAAAUGAAACUUCAUAUGUUUAUUCAGAAGCUCUAAAUUAA